AUGCAACCUCUUCGUGUAGUUAGCCGCAACCUCCGAGUGUCUGCCUCCAGACCAAGCCCCAUCACCUCCCGCCUCCUCUCCACCACCUUCCCCCGCUCCGUAGACCACAAAGACAGACUCCAUUCCAAUGUCGAAGGUUAUCGCGAAACACAGAUCUCGAAGGCCAACAACCCUCAUUUGACCAAUACCACAUCAACCAUCGCCAAUGACAUGCCUUCUGUCGGGGCGGACAAACCCUCACCCGAGUUUCUCUCCACCGUCGAUCCCAAAUUCACACCCAAGGAUUCUGUACCGGAGAAUGUGGAGCGAAUGACGGGCGGAACACAGAAAGGCGUCCCUGAAGAUGGAGCGAAUGCCGAACUCGGCGUCGGCGAAAUGGAAGGUGCCCAAUUCAAGGUAGAGCCUCUACGCCGGGAGGGAGAGGAUCCCGCAACCAUGAGAGCAAGAUUAUUAUACCAAAGCCGCAAAAGAGGAACGCUAGAAUCCGACCUCCUCCUCUCCACCUUCGCCUCCGCCCACCUCCACACCAUGACCGCCUCCCAACUCCAACAGUACGACCUCUUCCUCGACGAAAACGACUGGGACAUCUACUACUGGGCCACGCAAUCCCCGGCCAACACGCCCACGUCGCAGGAGACGGCCGAGGGGAGCGUCAGCUCUGCCACGAACACCUCGCAGACCACGACGGAGUAUCAGAGCCCUGCGUCGCCGGGCCAGGCUCAGGAGACGGAUGGCUGGCGGCAGGGUGCGCCGAGGAGCGGGGAGUGGGCGCAGACGGUGGGCGCGUUCAAGCCGGCCUAUCGGCCUGUGCCGCAGCGGUGGAGGAACAGCGAGAUUCUGAGUCUGUUGAGGAAGCAUGUGAGGGAGAAGAGUGCCGGUGGGGUGCUGGAGGGUGUUAAUGUGGGAGGGGUGAAGGUUUCGGGACAGGGACUGGGGAGGAUGCCGGAGGUGCAGACUUUCGAGUGA